GAAAAUUAAAUGCUCGGUUUUUGUGGACCUGUGUCUGGACGGUCCGCUCGCCGCGUUCUCGCUCGGUGGCGUAAUAGCGCGCGUGCAAUAAUAACAAAAAUUAUUAUUAUAUGAUAAUAAUAUUUGUUGCGAUCUUACGUCGCGAUACGACCAAUAUUGUAUACGAACACGGAACGCGUGUUGUGACUGUAACCAUUAUCGCCUCGUGUUGUUAUAUUAUUUAUGGUCGAAACCGGUUGUGCUUCAGAGGGGAUCGCGGAUUCGAGGCGGCGUGCGCGAAAGGCCUCGCCGCUGCACUGGGUUUUCAGAAAUUUCCACCACUACCGUCGAAUGCCGACGACGACAACUGAAUAAUAUUAUUAUUACCUACCUACCUACAACAGGCGCGGAAUAGAAUAGCGACGAUUCACUAUUGACGAAAUAUUUCACGCGUAGUCGUAAUACAGUAAUACCCGACAGUCAUUGUGUCGCUCGCGCGUCCGCACACGGUCCGCGUCCGAGUAAAAUCGUAUCGUCCUUAAAUAUCGCCAGUACCCACCUGUUGUGUAAAUACCUGCGACGAAUAUUCAACUUUGCCGUUUACCUUACUUUUGUUGGUCGCUAUUCGUACCUAUUAGAUAUUUUGUCGAAUCGCCGUGUCGUGUUGUUUCGUUUGAAGUCAUCCGACGAACGCGUUUCCGAUCUCUCAAGUUCUCAGACUGUCGACGACGACGACACGUAAAAUUUACGGACGUGAAAUUAUUAUUUACGAUUUACUACGUUUGUGCGGUGCAAAACACGAUUGUGUCGCGUCAGACGAUGACGUUUCCGCCGUCACGCAAUUUAUUGUCCCCGAGACCGGGUAGUCGGAGGAUCCGGUUCACACCGAAAGCUCCGAAAUCGCAGGGAUGAACGCUCCUCAGCAAUGCCAACCAUGGCAAUGUCCACGCAGAGUCUGUUGAUGCACAGCGAAUGCUGCAUCACGAUCCGCAGCCGGCCCAAAAUGAACUGGUUAAUAAACAUUAUUAUUCUUCAAGUGCUUCUUGGUCAAGUAUUUUCAGACUUAUUGUGUUUAAGUAGUGACAAAUGCUCAUGUAAGCAUCAUGUUUACAAAGAUGAAAUACAAGUGGAAUGUGGCUUAUCAACUGUGGAAGCCAAUUUGAUGGAAUCCAUAAUUAAAGUUGAAUGUAAUUCAGAUAAAAUACAUUGGGAACAGCAUUUUGAUCAAAUCAAUAUUAGAGAUUUACAUUAUGCCAAUUGUUUAUUAUCAGAUACAGGAAUUCAUCAAACCAUCUCAACACUUGGCAUUAAUAAGGUUCAAAAUAUGAAACUAGUCUCUAUGAGACUCAAUGGUAGUCUAGAAAAUGGUUAUUUGUCGAAUUUGGAGAGUGUAAAGACGUUAGAUAUUACUUUAACUAAAUUAAUAUUAACCAAUGGAUCAUUUGAGGGGACACCUAAUCUAACAAAAUUGUAUCUCAGACAUAACUACAUUGAAGAAAUACCUAAUGGUGUAUUCAAAUCCCUUACUCUUUUAGAAAUAUUAGAUUUAGGAGAUAAUAAGAUAACCGAAAUAAAUAGUGAUCUAUUUUAUGGUAUUCCAUUGAAAGGUUUGAAUUUGGACUCAAAUUAUUUAACGACAUUGAACUUAAAUGUUCAGAGUCUAAAGCAUUUGGAUGUAGCCAAUAAUAGAAUUACAUCUAUAACUGUUGGAAAUCUCAGUAAACUUGUUGAUAUAUCAUUAAACAAGAAUGUUUUAGUAACAAUGCCAGACCAAACAUUUAAAAACACUUCAAUAGAGUCUAUUAGAUUCAGCUAUGGUAGUUUUACUGCUCUACCUCAUAGAUUUUUAACUAACUUAGACAGAUUACUUUAUGUUUAUCUCAGGUCUUUAAACAUAGAAAAAAUACCAGAAAAUAUGAUUUGGAAUUCUUCGAAUAUUAUAGAAUUGUCAUUAGCUUCAAAUCGGUUGAAUGAACUGCCAGUGAUGUUUUUUCGGGAUGCUGGAAAAAUGAAAAUGUUAGAUUUAUCUAAAAAUCAAAUUGAAACUAUCGACCAUGAAUUGCUGAGACCAUUAAUAAAGCUAGAGACUUUAGAUUUAUCCAAUAAUUUAAUAGUUCAAAUUAAUAAUUAUGGCUUAAGGUACUUAAGAAACUUGAAGUACCUCAAUUUAGAAAGAAAUAAGAUAAUAAAUUUUGGACGGGAAGCAUUAAAUGUCCCGAAAUUAACAACAUUGAAAUUGGCUUAUAACAAAAUAAGUAGCCUGAUCUCAAAUUAUGAAUUCUCAUUACAUUAUUUAGAGGAAAUUGAAACUAUUGAUUUAUCAAACAAUUUUAUAAAUUGCAUUGAUCCUGGCUGGUUAAAUUUAAUUAAGUUAAAUAAUAUUAAUCUAGCAAGUAAUAACUUCACUAUACUUAGAAUACAAGAUAUUCAAUAUAUAAAUGAAAUUGUAAGAACUAAUCUUAACAAUAAUCCAUUAGAAGUAAUUGAUUUGUCAGACUUAGAAGUAUUUGCUAGAGCACAAUCACCACCAAACAAUUUUUGGAAUAAUAGACGAAUAAAUCUGUCUAGUGAUAAAUUCAUUUGUGAUUGUCGUAAUUAUGAGUUUGCAAGAUUCUUACAUAACCAAAUGCCAAAAGUAGUGUACAAGUAUUUACAAAUUGAACAAAAAUUGAUAUGUAACGAUGGUUUGCGUACAGAAUUCUCAAAUGUAAAUAUGGAAAGUUUAACAUGCGACUGGGACAUUUUUGAAGAUGUAGAUAAGACUGAUUGUACAGAGUGCGAGUGUACUUACCGUCCUCAUGACAAAUCUGCCUUGAUGAAUUGUUCAAAUAGAAAUUUAACAUUGGCACCAGAAAUAAUAAUUUCAAGUAGAAAUAUUAAUUAUACAGAACUGAAUUUAAGAAAUAAUUCUAUCACCAAGUUGCCAAACUAUGAAAAAUUGAAUAUCAAAAAGUUAAAUAUUGGUUAUAACAAUUUAAACACUAUUAACAUAACGCAGUUACCCAAAAAUCUUGUGGAAUUACACAUGGAACAUAAUAAUCUCACGAUGAUUAGUGAGACGAAUUUGAACAAUACAUUACCCAAUAUAAACAUCUUAACAAUGAAUAGUAAUUCGUGGAUAUGUGAUUGUGAUGCUAAGAAUACUAUAAAUUUUAUUCAUAAAUAUUCAUCCAAGAUUUUUGAUUUGGCUAAUAUCACCUGCUAUCAAUCAACAACUCUAUUAUAUACUCUGACUGUAGAAGAAGUAUGUUUAGAAAGAUCAAAUACUGCCACGAUCAUUAUUGUAUCUAUGUUUUUAGCUGUAUUUAGUUUAGUAUUAGGUUUGUUAUGGAUUUUGUAUAAAAAUUACAAGACAAAAAUCAAAAUAUGGCUGUAUUCUCAUAAUAUAACAUGGCCAAUAUCUGAAGAAUCUCUCGACCAAGAUAAAAAGUAUGAUGCAUUUAUUAGUUUCUCUCACAAAGACGAAGAACUAGUUGCAAAGCAUUUAGUGCCAGGUUUGGAAGGAGGUAAUUCACCAUUUAAACUUUGUCUUCACUACAGAGACUGGGUGGUUGGCGAUUGGAUUCCUGCUCAAAUUGCUCGUUCAGUUGAUGAAUCUCGAAGAACUAUUAUUGUAUUAUCACAACAUUUUUUGGACAGUGUUUGGGGUCGUACGGAGUUCAGGACAGCUUAUUCUAGUGCUCUGAACGAACGGCGCAGUCGUAUAAUCGUCAUACUUUAUGGAGAAAUGUCAACCAAAGAUUUAGAUCCAGAGUUAAAAGCUUAUUUAUCCAUGAACACUUAUAUUAAAUGGGGAGAUUAUUGGUUUUGGGAGAAAUUGAGAUAUGCCCUUCCACAUAGACCAGAAAUGAAAAACAAAACUAGAACUAAGAUUAUAGUACCCGAUAAAUUAAAUCCUACUUUGUUGACAUGACAUUUAUUUUGUAACUGAAUACAUGUUUUAAUUGUAAUAUAAAUGUAAUAAUAUCUAAAUACAUUUUUCAAUAUGUAUAUUUUAAGACAGUUAAGUAUUUAGUAAUAAGUUUUAUUUUUUAUUUUUGUUAGACAAUUAUAUGUUUAUGUUAAUGUUUAUUAGUUAUAAUUGAACACAAAUGUAAAAAUAAUAAAUUUUUUUUAUUUUAAAUGAAAAAUGUUAUAAAUACUGUGUUACCAAUAAUUUUAUU